GUUUGGGUGCUUACGUGGCUUAUAAAGCAGCUCGUAAAAUAAGGCUCCCAAAAUACGCAAUGUAUCGUUAUAGAAAAAAACCUGGAGGGAAUUCUCACAGAAAAUGGUUAAGAGACUGUUAAAAGAAGAGAUUUUAUUUAGUUUUUAUAGUUCAAAAUUUCCAUCUCACAAACAGCAGAUCUUGCUCAUAUCUUGAUAAUUCUUAUCUUUAAAAAAAUGGAGGUUGUUAUAGGAGAGCGGGUGAGUAUUUAAUGACCAAAGGGAUUGAUUUAUCCUUUAUUGUUCAGCCUUUAUGAUCACGUGUGUCUGCUACCCAAUGGCAUGGCAGCCUGUCUCCCCAUUACUAGCCCCACUGUAGUUCUCCGUGGGGCCAAGUUGCUACUUGAUUUCUCCACAUUGUUAUUUUGUGAGGCUGGGUUUACUGCGUGUGUAUGUGUGUGGCGUAUGUAUGUGCGCGUGUGUUUUUACUUUUUGCAUGUAUCUGAGGUUGAAUGACUGCGUAUGUGAAAGUCUAAUUUUUCUGCCAUGUCGACAUCUGGAACACUGACUAGUUACUACGUCGAUUCCCUCAUUCUGCCCGAGAGCGACGAGGUGUCUGUGCCGAGAUACUCCUCUGGUCCCGGGCUCCAGCAUGGCAGACAACCCGCCUCCAUCAGCGACCACAGCGAGCUCGGGACUUGCACCUUUCCGUCUAAGUCAGCGGUUUUCGGGCCGUCGUGGAGCCACGUUCCGGCUCAGUUCCCCGGCACCGUAUCCUCCGUUUACCACCACCACUAUGGGCAUCCUCAAGGCCCAGUGGGCGCAGACACAGACGGUCGGUAUCAGUCGUGGCUGCUGGAGCCCAUGUCCGGUUCUCUGCCCAUGACCGGAUUACCGACGACUCAUCACUACGGAAUCAAGCCGGAGGGUCUGGGGACGCGGGCGGAAGGAGCGCUGCCGGGUUCACACACCGCGCUGCUGCUCUCCGAUUACGCCAACGGGAAUGUGGCGACGACAUCGCCCGUUGAAAAGGACACACUCUCCGGCCAAACGGGGGACAUGAGCGCGGAACCUGAGGAAAAACCCGCUCUUGAUCCAAAUAACCCAGUGUCCAACUGGCUCCACGCGAGUGCCACGAGAAAAAAACGCUGUCCGUACACCAAGCACCAGAUCCUGGAGCUGGAGAAAGAGUUCCUCUUUAACACCUACCUGACCAGGGACCGUAGGUACGAGGUGGCGAGGCUCUUAAACCUCACCGAGAGACAGGUUAAAAUCUGGUUCCAGAACCGCAGGAUGAAGAUGAAGAAGUUUAAUAAAGACGGCGCCCCAAAAGACGACUGACUGUGUCGUAUAGAUAAAGAGAAUAUUGGCUGAUGGCGAGCUUUGUCUCUGGAAGCUCUUAACUCUGCUGGAUCUUGUUUUUAAACUUCAUUGUCUUAUUGUUCUAUAUAACAGAGGCUAUUAGGCAUAACUGUCUUAUUAAAAAAGCAUGAUGGGCUUCAUUUUGCUGCGACUACCUUUAUAUUGCACAAUUUUAACAGUGCCCACUCGUUUUUUUAUUUGUUCUUUUUUUAUGUUAAUAUUUUUAUUAAUACCUCGGUAAAGUGUAUUAGUUGAACUGGUCCCUGUGCUUGUUUGUGUAUGGAUGUUUCUAGUUGUCUGGUUUGUAGCUAUAUGCUAUAUUUGUUGUCUAUCUCUGAGUCACUUUAGCGUAUAGUUUGUAAAAUGUGUUUAUUUUAUUGUUUCUCCCUUUACUGCUAUAGAACUAUGACUGGUGACCGUGAAUCUUAACAUUGGAACCGUAGGAAACACUCAUUGCGUUUUGAAGUGGGUGCAUAAACCUCACAGACCUCUUGAAAAUGCGUAGUGAAUUAAAAGAUGCUCUAGAAGCUAAAUUACACGAUAUUAUUGACUACCUAUGUGUCUUUCAACUACCUACAAUGAUUUUGAUUUUCCCGACUGCGAAUUAAAGUAGAGUUGCUUGCGUUAGAUACUGAUCUAUGUCUGAAUUUCAGGGAGUAACAUUUUGAGAGAAACAUACUGUUUGUUAGUGAGAGGAAAUGGAAUUAAAACACUGUAGGCUACUUAUUGAAUACCUCACGGUUUGCAGGCCGUCUGACUUUUGGUUCACAAAUGUAAUUUGUACUUUAUUUAUUAAAUAAAACAAAUUAUAUCUGCGAA